AUGACCCAGAUCUUCCUUACCGGUGCCACGGGCUACAUUGGGGGCGAAGUCCUCCACGCUUUGCAGCAUGCGCAUCCUGAUUACGAGAUUGCAGCCUUGGUUAGAGAUAACGAAAAGGCCGGCAAAGUUUUGGCUGCAUUUCCUAAGGUCCGUGUGAUCCUUGCGGAUUUGGACAAUGUCGAAGUCAUUGAAGAAGAAUCCCGCAAAGCCGACAUUGUUAUCCAUACUGCUAGUAACAAGCAUCUCGAAAGCGUGAAAGCGAUCGCAAAUGGACUGGCGGGACGUCAGAAUGCUUAUUACAUUCAAGUUACCGGAGCCAGCGUUCUGGCAGGCCCCGAGAUUGAUAACAACUCAUAUGGCGAGCCCUCGGAUCAAAUCUUUGAUGAUUUGGAAAACGUUACUAGUCUCCGGGACAUAAUUCGGGCGUACAAAGAUCGUCGAGUGGUGGAUAACUACAUUCUCGACAUGGGAUCAGGUGGCCCAAAGACUGCCAUCAUUUUCCCUCCUAUCAUAUUUGGCACCGGUAAAGGCCCUGUGAAUCAACGCAGCGUCCAGGUUCCUUCAUUGGCUCGGGCCGCUCUGCUGCAAGGUAGUGGUCUCUAUCUUGGCAGGGGACUAAGCCGAUGGGGCAUUGUUCAUGUCUCUGAUUUGGCCGAUCUCUUUGUCAGGUUGGUAGAGCAUGCUGUCAACGCCACUCCGGGUCCUAUCUGGAACGAGAACGGCCUUUUCUUUGCGGAAAAUGGGUUUGAGAGCUUCAAGGAUAUUGCUUUAGUGAUUGCCAAAGAGGCGUAUAGCCUCGGUCACAUUGAUUCGCCUGAUGCGGUGAAAUCCAUGAAUCUCGAUGAGGCCAACGUAGUGAUACCCAAUGGAGUCGUGUUUCUAGGCACCAAUGGUCAAGGCCGAGCUUUGCGGGCAAGAAAGCUAUUAGGAUGGCAACCCGAGGGCGAGAGCUUCCAAAAGGCAGCGCAGGAGACAAUCAUUGCUGAAGCGGCACAGCUGUGA